AUGGAGUCAAGCAAUACUCUAAAGCUGAAUUCAGAAGCAACUGAAUUUGUACCCGGAGGAAAUCCUCCCCCAUCCACCCAGCCAGUUCCUCCAGUUGAAGCUGUGCCAUCCCCAGAAGCUCAAGUAUCAGACUCUUUAGCAAAUGAGCAUUAUAAAUACGAUGACAGGAUCUUCCAAGGCAAAUACGGCAACAUAAAUGUGCUCACAAAAACACAGCUUCUGUGCUUCAAUCCAGCUGAAGAGAAAUGGUACAUCCAUUCUACAAUUUCUGAAAGUAAAAUUAUCAAACCUGAAAAAUAUUGCAGCAUUUGUAUGAUAGAUGGAACAACCUUCGUCAUGACAGGUGGACUAUGCAAAGGAGUAGCUCAAUGUACAGCAACCAAAGUCCAAAUCAGCACAAGUUAUGAAGGAGGCAGAAUUGAAGAAGUCACUCCAUAUACAAGGCUUGUAGAAGGUCGAUAUCUCCAUUCUUCAGUCGUCUAUAAAGGCACACUUUAUAUUUUGGGAGGCCAAUCCUCGCCAUCUGUGUUUUUAAACACUGUUGAAAGCUAUAAAGAAAAUAUCUGGCAAAUCAUGCCCCCUAUGAACAAAGCUAGGUCAACAUUUACAGCUUUUGCCUCACAUAAUGGAAUUUACGUAGCAGGAGGCUUUGAAGGAGCCAAUCUAUUAUCUGGAGGAAUUGAGAAAUUCACAGAUGAAUUGAACCGCUGGGAUUUAAUUAAUACAGAAAUUCCGAUGCUUGCUGGAAUGACCCUGACUUCAUGUGAUAACUUUAAUACAGGAGUUCUUUUAUUCGGAGGAAGUGAUGGUAAUGAAAUAUCAAAUAGAAUAGUCGAAUUCAAUACAGAAACCAAUGCACAAAGGGUAAGAGAACAAACACUAGUUUUCCCAAGGGCAAGAGCUUUGGCUUAUAAGAAAUAUGACAAAAUCUGGAUCUUCGGAGGAGGGGUCAAUGUUGGUGAAGAAUUUGAUAAAACAGUUGUGAAAGCACUGGAAUAUGGAAUCCCUAUCAACACUUAUGAGCAGCUCUCAGCACCUUUCUUCAUCAAGAAUUAG